AUGGCGGCGACCAGGGCCAAGGCACGGAGCGGUGAGGCUGGAGCGCGGUGUCACCGAGUUCCAGGUCCGCCCCGGAGGCCCAAGCCCAGGCUAACGGCGAGACGCCGCCGCGCGGACACCCUGACGGCGCGACGCUCGCGGCCGUCUGCGGGCGGGAGACGCGCCGGCACCAACCGAGCGAGGACCCAAGCUCCGCGGGCCGCCGUCUUUGGUGGCGAGUGUGCACGAGGUGCCUCAUUCAAGGCCUGGUGUGUGCCUUGCCUAGUUUCACUUGAUACUCUCCAGGAAUUAUGUAGAAAAGAAAAGCUCACAUGUAAAUCGAUUGGAAUCACCAAAAGGAAUCUAAACAAUUAUGAGGUGGAGUACUUGUGUGACUACAAGGUAGCAAAGGGUGUGGAAUAUUAUCUUGUAAAAUGGAAAGGAUGGCCAGACUCUACAAAUACCUGGGAGCCCUUGAGAAACCUCAGGUGUCCACUGCUCCUGCAGCAGUUCUCUGAUGACAAGAGUACUUACUUAUCUCAGGAAAAGAAACGCAAGGCCAUCACUUCAAAAGACAGUAAGAAAUCCUUGCGACCUGCAGUUGCCGAGUACAUUGUACAGAAAGCUAAGCAAAGAAUAGCUCUGCAGAGAUGGCAAGAUUAUCUCAACAGAAGAAAGAACCACAAAGGGAUGAUAUUUGUUGAAAAUACUGUUGACUUGGAGGGCCCACCUUCAGACUUCUUCUACAUUAACGAAUACAGGCCAGCUCCUGGGAUCAGCUUAAAGAGUGAAGCUACCUUUGGAUGCUCGUGUACAGACUGCUUCUUUGAGAAGUGUUGUCCGGCUGAAGCUGGAGUUGUUUUGGCCUAUAAUAAGAACCAACAAAUUAAAAUCCAACCAGGCACUCCCAUCUACGAAUGCAACUCAAGGUGCCGAUGUGGACCCGAUUGUCCCAAUAGGAUUGUACAGAAAGGCACACAAUACUCACUGUGCAUCUUUAGAACUAGCAAUGGCUGUGGCUGGGGUGUAAAAACCCUCGUGAAGAUUAAAAGAAUGAGUUUUGUCAUGGAAUACGUUGGAGAGGUGAUCACAAGUGAAGAGGCUGAGAGACGGGGACAGUUCUAUGACAACAAAGGGAUCACCUACCUUUUUGAUCUGGACUAUGAGUCUGAUGAGUUCACAGUGGAUGCAGCUCGAUACGGAAAUGUCUCUCAUUUUGUGAAUCACAGUUGUGACCCAAAUCUUCAGGUGUUUAGUGUUUUCAUCGAUAACCUUGAUACUCGGCUGCCCAGGAUAGCAUUGUUCUCUACAAGAACCAUAAAGGCUGGAGAAGAGCUGACUUUUGAUUAUCAAAUGAAAGGUUCUGGAGAAUUACCUUCAGACUCUAUUGACCACAGUCCCGCCAAAAAAAGGGUCAGAACCCAGUGUAAAUGUGGAGCUGAGACUUGCAGAGGCUACCUCAACUGAAUUUCAGGAAAUGGAGCUUAUGAUGUGUGGGUUUUGUUUUGUUUUUCUUCUAACAACUGAAAAAGUAUUUGGGACUCCUUUCUAUUAUCUAUUACCUAUACAUUGUAUUAUAUGAUGUUACUGUACAAUUCAUGGCUCAAAAUAUAUGCCAAGUCUAUUAUGUAUAAAUUAUCAUUGGCUUACUUGAGAGGUCAGAAUAGACUAUUGUUCCUUUUAGUGCUUGAAAAGUGAGACAACAACAGUUAUUAUGGAACAUUUUACCUUGACUCAAACAGAUAAUUCAAUUUAGGCAAAUGUAUAAAUUUUAUUUUUUUACUAUAUUGUUUUUGUUUGAUACUCUCUGAGACAAGUGACACUGAAUUUUUUACUAUAUUUUCUACUUUUAAAUUAAAACAUUGGUAUCUUAAUGAUAUAUUUCAAGUGUAAAAAAUGUGAAAGAUUUACUUUCAGCUUGAUCUUAUUUUGAAGUAAUAGAUACCAUUACAAAGGUUGUAUGUCUGAACCUUAAAUUCUUAAAAGUUUUUUUUUUUUUUUUAGUCACAUAAAAGAAAAGUCUCUAAUCACCUUCUCUAGAAGUCUAUAGUGGCUGGCCAUUGUGCUUCUUUGAACAGCUAGAACAGUGAGUGCCAGGCAGACUGAAGGAGUGCAGAGUGAGCCACUUAGCAUAUGUGAGGUCCACACUGAGUGUCUCAUCUGAACAGGACAGUGAGAUCCCCGAGGGGCACAGGCCCCUGAUGGCAGUAUAAUUCAGAUCACAAACUGUCACUUCCAGGCAAGUUUUAAUUACUAUCCACUAAAUUUAAAUACUUUUGUAUUUUGUGCAUGCCCUUGAAAAACAAGCUAUAUUUGAACAGAUACUUGUUUUAUACAAGAAUUUUUUUAGAUAGGAUAAAACUUAGCUUGGCCAGAAUUGUGUCUGAUUGAGCUUUUAUUAACUUCUGGGGACUAGCUGGGAUUUUUCCCCUGUGUGGUAAAACCCAAUAAAGAAAAAACUUCCUUUCAUCUUUCUGGGUUUAGGAGUUCUAAUCAUGGUGUCCACUAUGAAGACAAAAACAAAAUACAGCAAAUAAUCCUAAGAUUUUCCUAAGCUCACUGCUCCAGGCUUUAAUAGACUGUGAUAAGCUAAAGUAAAAUGAACUGAAUUCAAGAACUCAGCAUUUCCUUUAUCUUCCUAACUCUUAACCUGUUUUGUGAGAAGCUACAGUAUUAUUCAGAAUAUUGCCUUCAUGGGACUAUUUGUUCAGUGUUUACAUGUUUGGGGACUCUUAGUAUGUCUGCUACCCAAAAAUUUCAAAAUGUGUCAAGAAAAAAUAAUAAUUUUAAAUGGCAUUUCUUUUGUUUUUUCUUUGAGAAUCUUAAAAGCAUUACAGGUCUGUUUUUCUCCCCCCACCACAACCCCCAUGGCCAAGCUCACUUUGAAUAAUUCUCAGGUUUAAAGAUU